AUGAGAGACCAGCGUCAUAUUUUCCUUCUCACCUACAUGGUAGCGCUUGCCGCCCCUCUUUCCUUGGCUUUCAACAUUGAUGCAACAAAUCCUGAUGUCUAUGCUGGUGAAAAGAAAGAUUUCUUUGGAUACAAAGUGCUUCAGUUCACGUCUGGCACAGACAAAGGGAUAAUCGUCACUGCGCCGCUGCAGCUCAAUGGAUCUGGAGGAGUAUGCAGACCUUACAAAAACCGAAGCACCCAGUGUUUCAAUGCUGAAGACAUCACUGUGAAAGACGAAACGUUACCAGUGAAGCUCCUCGGCCUGUCGAUCGCCACAGACUCCACAAGCUCCCAGUUCACUGUUUGCAGCCCAAGUGUAGCCCAUGAAUGUAAUGAAAACUCCUAUCUGAACACUGUGUGUUACAAGAUGACAUAUAGUCUUCAGACAAUCUCCUCUUUCACUCCUGCUUUCCAAGAAUGUACCAAAAAGACAGUGGACCUUGUCUUUCUUGUUGAUGGAUCAGGCAGUAUGACCGGAACUGAGUUCAGAAAAAGUAAAGAUUUCAUAGUGGAUAUAAUGGCCAGCCUUAAGAACACAUCAAUCAAGUUCUCAGCAGUUCAGUUCUCCUCAAAGCACAGAACGGUAUUUGACUUCAACGACUAUCAAGAUGGCAGCGCUCUUGAAAAACUAAUGAAAGAACCCCACAUGGAGGAUCAGACCAACACACAUGGAGCCCUCGAAUUUGUGAUGAUAAAUAUCUUUGAAAACCUAACUGCAGGUGCCUCUCCUGAUGCAAUUAAAGUUCUGGUAAUGAUCACAGAUGGGAAUCCCAGUGACAGAGACAAAGGGAUUAUUAAAAAAUAUGAUGAGAAACAGAUCAUUCGCUUUGUCAUUGGGGUCAAAGACUUCUCGUUAGAAAGAUUCACAGCCAUUGCUUCAAAACCAGCAGAGGACUAUGUCUUUCCAAUCGAGAACUACAACGGACUGGAAGGAAUACUGGAAAAGUUUCAAAAAAGGAUUUUUAAAAUGGAAGGAGGAGACUUGAAGGAGGAAAUGGCUCAGAGUGGAUUCAGUGCUGUCUUCUAUAACAAUACGUUGAUCCUGGGUUCAGUGGGCUCAAAGAGCUGGGGGGGCUCUCUCAGAGAGAUCCAUGAAGGAAAAGAAACACAAAUUGAAGAUCCACUAAUGAAGAAGGACUCCUACAUGGGAUACUCCAUCUCUGUUGGCAAGAGGGACAAUGCUUCUCUAUACUUUGCGGGUGCACCAAGAUUUGAGCACACAGGACAGGUCCUACUUUUCAGACGUGAUGGUGGUAAUUGGACCGCAGCCCAAUCACUAAAUGGUACCCAGAUUGGCUCCUACUUUGGUGCAGAGCUGUGCUCAGUAGAUAUCGACUCAGAUGGUAACACUGACUUCCUGUUGGUGGGAGCUCCCCUGUUCUAUCAGCCCCAUGAGAAGAAAGAAGGCCGGAUCUAUGUCUACAUACUGUCUGAGGAGAUGCAACUGGAAAUUGUACUAAAUGUGACAGCAUCCAUGGGCAGAUUUGGCACCACCAUUUCCAGCCUUGCGGAUCUUAACGGAGACGAACUCCGAGACGUUGCUGUUGGAGCCCCCCUUGAGGAUGAUAACAGAGGGGCUGUGUACAUCUACCUUGGUGACAGACGCAAUGGCAUACGCAGCAAUUUCAGCCAGAGAAUCAUGGGACAGGGAAUAAGACCUGAGAUGAGAUUCUUCGGACAGGCCAUUGAUGGGCGCAUUGACCUCGGAGAGGACGGACUUCCAGAUAUUUUGAUCGGAUCCCAGGGCAUGGCUGUUGUCUUGAGGUCCCGUCCUGUCUUCAACGUCACCGCACAUCUCUCUUUUCUUCCUAAGGAAAUAAGCACUGAGGAGAUUAACUGUGUGGACCAAACAGAUGAAAGUGUACCCAUGGGGAUCUUAAAAGUCUGCUUUGAAAUGGUAGAAAACACAAAGAGCAACGCUGACGUGAUGAGCUCAGGACUGAACAUCUCAUACAUGCUUAAUGUGGAUCCAGUGAGACAAACCUACCGAGGUUUCUUUGGAAAUGACAAGAAAGCCAGGAGUCUUACUUCCACCUGCAACCUGACGGCUAAUGAAACUUGCUUCCAGUACCCUGUCAACAUGCCUAAAUGUCUGAAAGACACUUUUUCACCCAUCACCAUCAAAUUCAACUUUUCCCAAGUCGACAUUGAGAGUGCGAGUGCCGUCCUGAACGUGGACAGCAGCAGGUCGGCUAGUGUUGAGGCAACGUUUAUAACUACUUUCCUCAUCAUGCCCGAGUACGAGUGGAACGACACAAUCGUGAUGACCGUUACUGAAAAAAGGUUCCCUUUGAAAAGCAAUGUGCAAAAAAACGACAACUGUGUUGCUGAGCUCGAGGUGGAUUUCAACUUCAUGACUCCUGCCUUAUUGGUGGCAGAAGAUAGCUACUUCAACGUGAGUGUAAAACUGUCCAAUUAUGGUGAUGAUUCAUACAACACCAGCCUCACCAUGCACUAUCUUCCUGGCCUCUCCUUCUCCAGGAUGAUUAUUACAGAGGCGACUAGACCAACGCUCCACAGCUGUCAUGAUCUUGACGGGGUGCUUGACAAAACUGUGUGCGGCGUCGGCCUUCCUGUGUAUCGCAGCAGAUCUGCUGCAACAUUUAUAACUACUUUCCUCAUCAUGCCCGAGUACGAGUGGAACGACACAAUCGUGAUGACCGUUACUGGAAGAAGUGAUAACGCGAACAUCACCGAGAGCAAUACCCUGACCAAAAGUAUCCCACUGCAAUUUGAAAUUAAAAUGGGACUGACAGUGAAAGAAGGCACCACCACAUAUCUGAACUUCACAGCAGAAGAGGCUGCACCUAAAAAAAUGGAGAUUAUAUACCAGAUUUAUAAUCCAGGUUUUAAGGCUUUUCCUGUCAACGUGUCUCUGUUCUUCCCAACGCAACUGGAACAUAACUUUGAAAUGAAGGAUUAUCAAGUGUUUGUCCAGCAGAACAAAACUCAAUGCAGAAUCCCUGAUCUCAAAGCUGAUCACUGCUCGCCAGAAGAACACCACAAAAUCAUUGCAUGUGACACAUUCAUCCUGGACAAGGAGUCGUCCACUGAGUUCACAUUGUCAGGAGAAGCACAUUUUAGGGAUCUCGAAAAGCAUGCAGAGAAUAAUGCCUUUCUGAAACGAUACACCGGAGACAGCGGGGAGGUGAAAUUCAAAAGCUCCAUAGGUGUUGAAUUUGACGGGCGACACUACGUGCUGGUUUCUCGUAAACAAGAGAGAAAAGAUGGAUUUAUGGAGACGUCUCAUAAAUCUUGCUCAUGGAAAGACAACGAUCCAACCAUGAAAUGGAGUGAAGUUCUGGUUGAGUUCAUAAUUCUCCCCAAUCGACUGCUCAGCAUCUUUACUGGAGUUGGAUUGGGUUUGUUGUUUCUCAUCAUAACCACAAUCAUCAUGUGUAAGCUUGGUUGCUUCAAGAGGAAGACGUUUUAUGAAGAAGAGGAGACAGAUGUUGUUCUUCUGGCUUACACUCCCAAAGAGUCUGCCUUUGACCCCAUAGUACCAUCUGCUACGAUUCAAUCCUAAUUUUCUAACCCCAAAAAACUCUUCUCCAUCUUUUCAAACCUGUUAUCGCAUUACUGAUGUCCCAUACCUGCAGUAGGUCGCAUGAUGACAACCGUGUAAAGGAAAUGCUUUUUUUAAAAUAUUUUAUCAAAUCAUUAAAUGUUUUUGGAGCACUUUUAUUCCAUGUAAUACCAUGGUUGUGUUAUAUCAGGCACAACAAAGUUAUGUGAAAACUCGUCCUCAACACAGAAGAGACACAAGUUUAACUUGCAGGUAGCGUCACAUGAAGCCUGGUCACAUGAUCCCUGUGUCCGGCCUAGGGUGCCGUCUAUACUAAUGUAUAUUUACACUGUAAAAUACUGUAACAUUAAUACUAGUCAGCCUUUACCUAUUUGUAAUCUUCGGCACAGGUUUUAUCUCCUUGUUUAUGCAAUGU